GCUCUGGCGCCUUCCUUGGAAGACGCCUCUGCAGCAGCUGCUGCACUCUUGGCUGCCACGGGGCAGGCUCAGACACCUAGUGUGGAUGGCUUGCGCAACGAGCCCAGUCCGGAAAAGCGUCCGAGGCUGUCUUCGGGGUCGAAGAUGCCCACCUUUGGUACUGCGCCCGGGUCCUUGGCAGCAGGGGCCCUUGCUCCUGCUCCCCUGACUCACCAUCCGCCACUUUUCCAUGGGAGCGUCGCGGCAACGUCCCCUGUAGCGCGGCCCUCAGUAGGGCCCACGUUCUCUGACCCUUCAGUGGUAGCCCCACCUCUGCCGUCAGGGCCUCAGCACUUCAAUUUGGAUGCUGAGCCUUCUUGGCUGGACAGCAUCAAACACAGUCUCCAGGAGAUUGCCCUCAAUCAGAAACAGAUGGCGCAGCAAAUGGCUGCUUCUAGCACGGAACUGAGGGGUAUACAGGAGGGGGUCCGUAAUCUCAGUGUGGGUCAGGAAUCGCUGACUCGCAGAGCAGAUGAUCAAGAAGCGGCCUUAGCUCAGAUGCAACGGGAACGACGUGAGUUUGAGAGAGAGAUGCAGGCUUUGCGCAGUGCGCCGCCUACCCGAAUGCAAAGCCCGGUUUCCACGCCUCGUGCAGGUGGUGGGGGCGUUGGGGGUGGGGGGAUGCCCUCGCCCAGGGGUGGACGGGAGAUUGAUGAGCUACAGAUCGUGAUAGGAGGCUGGCAGGAAGCUAAGCGCCAGUCUAUCGAGGAAGACGUGCGGGAAAUGUUCUGCAAACUCAAUGCCGAGCCGCUUUUGAAGCAAGUGUUUGUGCUUUACGUGCGCAGUGGCUUUUGCCGGGUCGAGAUUCUGUAUACCGAUCUUGACAUUUGGAAGCAGCGUAAACUGCAGACCAGAGUGCUUGAGGGGCUUAAACAGCUGAACUUUCGGUCCUCCAUUCCGGGACAGGCCCUGUGCGUGAAGCACAUCGGGGAAAGCCUCGUGGACCGCGAUUG